UUCAUCUGUACUAUACCUAUACCGGAAACGGAUACGCAAUUGGCCUGUGUUGGCAGUGGUUAUGUUUAAGUUAUGCAAACUUUUCAGUAAAAAUAUUGAAAUUCAAAAAGAAGAGUUAUGCCUGAAAAAGAUCAUGAGUCCUUCUCCAACCCUCUGGCUCCUGAAGGCCAUGAAGUGGAAAGUCACCGUUCUGUGCAGCUCUCCAAGCUGACCAAUGAAGACUUCAGGAAGUUGUUGAUGACCCCACGGGCAGCACCUGUAACAGCUCCACCAACCAAAACUCGCCAUCAUGAAAUGCCUCGAGAGUACAAUGAGGAUGAUGACCCGGCUGCCCGAAGGAGGAAAAAGAAAAGUUACUAUGCCAAACUUCGUCAACAGGAAAUUGAACGUGAGAAGGAGCUGGCUGAGAAAUACAGAGACAGAGCAAGAGAAAGGAGAGAUGGAGUUAACAAGGAUUAUGAGGAAACAGAACUUAUCAGCACAACGGCCAAUUACCGAGCCGUGGGGCCCACAGCAGAAGCGGACAAAUCUGCAGCUGAGAAGAGGAGACAGCUGAUCCAGGAGUCCAAGUUCUUGGGUGGUGACAUGGAGCACACUCACUUGGUGAAAGGUCUGGAUUUUGCUCUGCUGCAAAAGGUGCGGGCUGAGAUUGCCAGCAAAGAGAAGGAAGAAGAAGAGACUAUGGAAAAACCACAGAAGGAAGUAAAGAAAGACGAAGAUCCAGAACACAAAAUUGAAUUUAAGACCCGUCUAGGUCGUAAUGUGUAUCGAAUGCUUUUCAGACCAAAGGUCACUGAACGUAAUGAGUUGUUUUUGCCAGGGCGCAUGGCAUAUGUGGUUGACCUGGAUGAUGACUAUGCAGAUACAGAUAUACCAACAACAUUGAUCCGUAGCAAAGCUGACUGUCCAACCAUGGAGGCUCAGACAACUCUAACCACAAAUGAUAUCGUAAUCAGCAAGUUAACCCAAAUUUUGUCAUACCUCCGUCAAGGGACACGCAACAAAAAGAUGAAGAAAAGAGACAGAGGCAAACUGGAUGAGAAGAGAGCUCCAGAGGCAGAUAUAAAUAUCUUUGAUGACAUUGGAGAUUAUGUACCAACUGCAAUGAAGAUGCAAAGGGAAAAAGACCGUGAGAAACAGCGUGAGAAGGAGAAAGAGCGUGAACGGGUAGAGAAAGAAAAGGAACAAGAAAAAGAGAGAGAGAGAGAGAAAGAAGAAGAAGAAGAGGAAGAAGCAAUAAGACACACAUACUUUGAAAAGCCAAAGGCUGAUGAUGAGCUUGCAGAGGCUAACCCAGCUGUAGGUCCUGGCUCAGCAAAGGAGCUGAUCAAAUCCAUCAAUGAGAAGUUUUCUGGUACUGCAGGAUGGCAGCCACCUGAGCUAUUAAAGAAGGGUGAUGAUAAGAAACAACUGGGCGACUUCUUUGGAAUGCCUAACAGCUAUGCCGAAUGUUAUCCUGCAACAAUGGAUGACAUGGCUGUAGAUAGUGAUGAAGAGGUAGACUACAGUAAAAUGGACCAGGGUAAUAAAAAAGGACCAUUAGGUAGAUGGGACUUUGACACACAGGAGGAGUACAGUGAAUACAUGAAUAACAAAGAGGCUUUGCCAAAAGCGGCUUUUCAGUAUGGUAUCAAAAUGUCAGAGGGACGAAAAACCCGCCGUUUUAAAGAAACAAAUGAGAAGGCAGAAUUGGACAGACAGUGGAAGAAGAUCAGUGCUAUCAUUGAAAAACGAAAAAGGCUUGAAACAGAUGGGCUCGAAGUGAAGAGACCAAAAUACUGAGGAUCUGGAGAACUAAUUGAAAACCAACUGCCUUUUUUUGUGGAAAACUACAGUCUGCUGUUCAGAAAUGCUACAGUUCAGUGGACAAACCUGGAAUGUUAGGCCUAAAAGAUGUAUGAUAUUUCUCCUCAAUAAUUUUAAUAGAAUAUGAGAUAUUACUCAGUUACAUGUGAGGAGUUUUUGCUUAGAUGAUUUCAUGGAUUUUUUUUAUUCUAGACUCCCUUAAUUGAUUAGUGUUAAUAUUUUAAUGUGCACUUAUUGUAUAUUUUUUACAUGCAGACUACGUGCAUAUUUUGUAAAUCUGUAAUGCUCUAAUUUGUUCAUUGACUGUAAAUGCUGGAUUGUUCUAAUACAGUCUUUCCGUAAAAUGCACUGUUUUCAGUGUGACAUUAGUGGCUGUUAAAAUAUUAAUGCAGCUUUUCUGAAGAAAAAGUAAAAUUACUAAUACCAUA